AUGCAGGGCAGCAAGGCCUCCAAUUUGCUCGAGGAGAAGUGCACGUCGGGCGGUUGGAGUGCGACCCUCGGCGACACGGUCGACGCGAGCUUGAAGAAGGCGUACCUGGACGCGCAGACGGCCCGGAAGCGCGCCAACAAGCUCAUGUGCGGCAUCAAAUCGUCGGGCUUGGCAUCGACGGACGGCGCGGCGCUUGCCCUCGUGGGCUCAAUGGCGUUCAAAGAUGGCUCCCUCCACGACGGCGUAGUCGACUUCAACAGUUGCAGCGUUGGUUUCGGUAACUUUGUCACGGACGCCGAAGCUGGCGGUAACUACAAGGCGAGCGUCAACCACCUCGACACGUCGUUCCGCAACGGCGACGGUUGGUGGGGCGCCGACCGCAAGCCCGUCAAAUGGUUCGAGUGUGCGUUGUAG